AUCUCACCUCCUGAUUAAUUCUAUUUCUCCUUCCAACUUUUUUUUUUUCUUCUGAAUUUGGUUUCUUGAGAGCACUGUUCUUCCACUGAUAUAAACCAACAUCAAAAUGGAUUCUGAUGGUGUUAACCAAAUUGUCACUGCCCUUGGCUUGAUCCACAACCCAAGAAGCUCAAAUGAUGAUCGUCGUCAGGCUCAGCAAUUCCUCGAUAAAGUAAGACUAGAACCUGAGUCCCCAUUUUGGGGUUACCAACUCUCUCUCCCCAACAGCAACAACAACACCAUCGUUCGCCAUUUUGGUUUGACCCUCCUAGAAAAAUCAAUCAUGUACGACUAUGACACCUACAACUUGGAGAAAAUCCUAACUGUUCGAAAGUGGAUCAUCGAACUAUGCUCAAAUGUUACAAACGACGACCCAAACUACAUCAAAGAAAAACUAGCCUUCCUAUGGGUUGCCCUAGCCAAAAGAUCCUGGGGCAUUUAUGUAGAACUAGACUGUGCUCCCCUUGACUUGGCUGCUCUAAAUGAAAUACUCAUCAACAAGGACAAAUCGGCUCCAAAUCAUCUUCCCAGUGGUUGGGUCGACAUGGACAAGGACUUGUUCCAGCUAUGGAAUGCCAACCUCUUUACCAGAGAACUAUCCCUAAUCAUCUUCAGAACCCUAUUCGAAGAUAUCUUCAUCCUCGAAGACCCCAUUGCCAUCUCCAGAUCUCCUCCUCUAAAUCUCUUUUGCUCAGAAAUCAUGUCCUCCUCUGCCAUAGUUGAAACAUACUACGACGCAAGUCCUCUCAUCUCCAUCGCCAGAGCUUCCGAUCAUGGUUGGCUAAAAAUCUGGUCUGACUUCCUCCAACAGUGUCUCUCAAACCAAAACGAUAAAAACUCUCUAAACUUCAUCAACAAAAUACUAUCAACCUUCAAAGCCUGUUUACACUGGAUUUUUCCGGCAAACCUCCUAGAAAGCGAUAUCCUUCAAAGAAUCACCUCUUCCCUAUUAUCUAACGACAUCCACAUCAAAAUCUUAGCUGUAGACUGCCUCCAUGCUCUAUUAACAAGAACCUUCCUAACCACAGAAGAAUUCAAUAAAAUAGUUGGCGCCAUCUUCAUGCCUGAAGGCAUUCAAAUGCUAUCCCAGGUCUACGACUCAGUAAUACUAGAUCCAAACAACAUCAACGAACACCACUACUCAUUCAUAAAAAAACUAGUCGAAAUGUGCGUAGGCCUAAGCAGCUACCUAAAUAUAAUGGGCUACCUAAAACUAAUUCUAAAGACAACAUGCAACGAAUCCCUAAUAGUGUCAGGUCUUUCCUUAAACUUCUGGGUAUCAAUGCUAAGAAUAGACACUCUUUCAAAUGAAAAUACUCUCUUCUUCCAAUUGCUUCCAGAUCUUCUAGAAAUAUGCGCCAACAGGUUACUAAACUACUCUGACUUAUUUGAACAACAGGAUAAUAACGAAUCAUACACUGACGAUUUCAUACAAUCCUCCAACAACAAUAACCCGCACUUCAAAACUCUCCCUUCAAAGAAAUACAUUGAUAUCGACUUUGACUCAACGCCCGAAAUAAACACUUUUCUAUCAAACUACAUAAAAUAUCUAGAUGACAUUAUCAGAAUAAUUGUCUGUAAAAGACCAAAAGAAGGUUUACGCUGGUUGGAACAAAGACUAAAAGACUUCUUCUUUUCAGAUCAUGGCCUGAAAUGUCUAAAUCAAUCAAAACUAUACCUAAAUAAAAAAAUUGACUUGCCUUACUUCUGGGGCUACCAACAAUUUGAAAUCAUUGAAUCAACUGUCAAGGGUAUCUCCCGCUGGAAAAUCUGGUAUGACGAUGAUAAACCAGAUAAACAAUCAAAACUAACUGAACUAAAUCAACUAGUAGAAAUCCUAUGUGAAAAUUUAUUAGCCUUGAAUUUAUGCGAUUUAAUGCUUCUAAGAAAACAAAUUCAAACAUUGGUCCAAUUUACUCCUUUGCUAAAAGACACACAAUCUGGCUUAAUGCUAAAAGUUUUGGAAAAAAUAUUAACCAUUUCAACUUUUGAAAUUAAUGAAAAUGCUUCAGACGAAGAAAGAGAAUUAGUCAGAGAUUUAAGAAUCACCUGUGGCACUGAGUUAAAUAGACUAGGCUAUAUGAUUCCAGAAUCAUUGAAAGAGAUCCUAAAUGAUCUAGAAAACGUUAUCGCAAAUAUAUUACUGACUAAAAAAAUAUCGGCUCAUGAGUCUGUGGCGUUUAAAUCUUUUUUAUUAGUUGUAUCCCAAAGAUCCUCAUUGGCAAAAGAAAUAAAAUUUGAAAAAUUUUCGAAAAUUGUAGAUCCUGAACUUGAAGCUUGGAAUGAUCCUGCAACAAUGAAAGGGCUCUCGGAAUUGCCUUGGUUCAUGGAGAGAUUGGGUAUUGUCAAAAUCGCAGAAUAUUUCAAAGAAAGAGGAAUUAAUGGCAAAGCUGAUCUUUUAACAAUCGAUAUGGAUGAUAAGGGAAGAAAAUUAAAAUCUGCUUUAAAUGAACAUUGGGGCAAGAUAUUCCCUGUUAGAGCUACUAGAAUCUAUGUUCAAUAUUCUAUUGAAAAAUUACCUCACACUUCUCCAGAUUACCUACAUUUACUAUCAUUAUGGAAACCAAGAAUACAACCUAUAUUGCCAUAUAUUUUACAACUAAUUUCUCAAAUUCAAAAAUACCACAAUCCUCAAAAUUGGCUUGAUUUACCUAUUGAAGUUCAAUCUUUUGUAAAAGAUAGUUGUGCUGAAAGAUUUUGGCAAGUUGGUGUAUCCACAAAAAGCAGAGAUUCUUUUGUUUCCGAAAGUGUCAAGGCAAUGCACACGUUGAGGGAUUUUGCAGAUUCUGUUGGGCACAUUGUCAGAUAUACUAGAGAAUAUGCAUUCCUAGCAAUUGCAUCGAUAUCUCAAUUGGAAGACACUUUAUAUGAAAUUCCGGGAAUGGGGGAAUUGCUAUGGAAAGCAGCAGCAUCAGAUUCAGCAGGUAUAUCAUUGCAUUCAUGGAGACAUAUGAUCAACUUAUUAUUCAGAAAUACCGUUAAGAAUUGUCCAGCAAAAUUUGUUGUACCUUUUAUGGGACCAUUAUUAACAAUUGCAUUACCUGCCAUUGAUGAAUUAUUAACUAAAAACUGGGAAAUGGUGUAUAAUAAUGGCAUACAGUUGCAAGGAAACGAAAAUGACGAUGCUUUAUCGGAAGAAAUGAUGCAAGAACAUUUACUAAGGCAAUUAACAGCAGUUGUGGAUAGAAUGUUGAUUGAUUUAGUUGGCCAACUCAAUAGUAGGUUCCCCUUGAAUGAAACCCAAAUUGAGAUUAGAACGUUGAUAUUCAAUAAUAAGGAACUACUAGGAAGCUUUUUACAACUAUUGACACAUGUAAUAAGUUUUAAGGAUACAAAAUGCUCAUACAAUGCCAUUUUAAUAUUGAGAAAUUGUUACAAAGAAAUUUUAUUGAAAGAUGAAGAAGUUGAUAAAUGGUUAUGUAAAGAAAUUUUUGUAAUUUUAGCCACCAUCUUGAAUGAUACAUUUUUUCAGGAUGUUCACGCCGAAGCUGGGUAUCUGUUCACUGAAAUAUAUAUCUACUUGAGAUCAAAGUAUGAUUUCCCAGCCUAUGCAUUAGAAGAAAUAUUACAAUGUGAUGAUAAAGUGAUUAAAAAUAUGGAAAGUCUUAUGGGAUCUAGUAAAAGCUUGAGACAAAGAAAGGUGUGUCUAAUUCAAACCAUUAUAGCAAAUAAUGAGGCUAUUCAAAAACAAGAUAGAAAAAGAUUACUAGCAGGAAGAAACCGCAAAAAGUUGAAUACAGAUUUAAUGAAUGGUGACGAACAUCAUAUUUUGGGAAAUUUAUUUGGAUGA